CCCACCGGUAGUGAAUACUAUGCCUAUUGGGCCUCCAAUACCCAAAAUGCCACGAAAUUACAGCUCGUCUUCAACUCAUCCGGCUCGCUCUAUUACCAGGUUGAAAACGGCAACCAGAUCCCCCUCAUGACCUUGGCUACCGUAUACUCCCCCACCAACUUCUACCAACAUGCCACGCUGGAUCCAGACGGCGCCUUACGCCUUUAUACCUACCCCAAAAACAACAACAAUAGCAAGUCGACUGACACGUGGGCUGUUGUCGGAAUGCUACCUAUCAACCCAUGCCUAACGAUCCAGACCGACGGCGGCGGCGGUGCGUGCGGGCUUAACGCGUACUGCAACUCCGACGACGAUCAAUCAAAGCAGCUCGAUUGUAAGUGUGUAUCAGGAUGCAAGUUCGUGGAUACAAAUCGUCCCUAUUUAGGCUGCACACCAAACUUCACCGUGCAAAGCUGCGAUGAGUACCAGAGCAGCCAGUACACUUUUAAUGAGAUACUGAACAUGGAUUGGCCGGAAGACAGCUACGAGUACUACGCACCGACCGACGAAGACACGUGUCGAGCGUCAUGCCUAGCCGACUGCUUCUGCAGUGUGGCCGUCUUUCAGGGGUCAAAAUGUUCGAAGAAAAAGAUGCCAUUAUUGAAUGGCCGACAAGGGAUCAGUGUAGGGGGUAAUGCUCUUAUCAAAGUGCCUCAAACCAAUGCUUCCUUCCUUCCCCAUGGAUCACAGAAUUCGAUAACUAUGGUGAAGAAGGAUCGAAGCACGCUGAUUCUCAUCAUCUCUGCGCUCUUGGGUAGCUCCGGAUUCCUCAAUAUGCUCUUCAUAAUCGCCAUGGCUAUCGUCUCCUUCUCCUUCUGCAACCGCACAAAAGAUAAGAAGAAUCAAAUAGAGCAGACCAUGUUGGGGUCGAACCUAAGAGUCUUCACAUACAAAGAAUUGGAAGAAGCCACCGACAACUUUCGAGAAGAGCUCGGCAGCGGAGGUUUCGGCAUAGUAUACAAGGGGACCUUAGCCGCGGAAUUCCGCAUGGCCAUUGCCGUGAAGAAGCUGGAUCGGGCGGCGGCCAAGGACUCCGAGCAGGAGUUCACGAACGAGGUGCGGUCAAUCGCACAAACCCAUCACAAAAAUCUAGUCAAGCUACUCGGAUUCUGCAACGAGGGCAACCAUCGAAUGCUGGUGUACGAGUACAUGAGCAAUGGCUCGCUAACAAGCUUUCUUUUUGGAAGCACUCGGCUCGAGUGGAACAAAAGGGCCCAAAUAAUAAUGGGGAUUGCGAGAGGUCUUUCGUACUUGCAUGAGGAGUGUACUACUCAGAUCAUUCAUUGCGACAUAAAGUCUCAGAACAUACUGCUCAACGAUGAUUUCAUCCCCAAGAUAUCAGACUUCGGGCUCGCGAAGCUCCUUCGCGCCGACCAGACUCGGACCAACACGGCCAUCAGAGGAACCAAAGGGUACGUCGCGCCCGAGUGGUUCAAGAACUCGGCGGUCACCACGAAGGUCGACGUGUACAGCUUCGGCGUAUUGUUGCUGGAGAUCAUAUGUUGCAGAAAGAAUGUUCAAACGGAGGCGGCGACCGAGGAGGCAGCAGUGCUUGCGUAUUGGGCUCACGACUGCUUUAGGAAUGGCAGAUUGGACCUCCUGGUGGACGGCGACGAGGAGGCGAUGAUCGACGUGAUGAGAGUGGAGAGAUUUGUAACGGUAGCCAUCUGGUGCAUUCUGGAGGAGCCGUCGCUGAGGCCGUCGAUGCGGAAGGUGGCUCAGAUGCUCGAGGGCGCGGUCGCAGUCCCUGUUCUGCCUAAUCCUUCUUCUUACAUCAGUUCAAUCGUGUAACUUCUUCGAAAUCGUACUUAACAUGUCUACAUUUCUAUACCGUAGUUCUUGCAAUUGUAACCCACUCAUAGAGAAAUAUCAAACAACUCAUCCUCUCCUUACA